AUGGCGCCAGAGGACUACUCCACUGGCGGGGGUGGGAAGCUGAAGCUCAAGGGGAGUAAAGUGAGUGAUGGACGGGUAGAGAAGAAGAAGAAGAAGAAGAGCAGCAAAAAGAAGGAUCUUGAUGCAGAGGCCGGAGCUGAAAGCCGUGACUCGAGUACUCGGGCUGAAGACUCGGAGUCUAAGUGCCAGGCUACCCGUGAUGAUUCUUUGAGUGCUGAUCCUGAUGCUGGGGUGCCUGAGGCUGGACCGUCGGGCAAGACGGAAACGGAAAAGAAGUAUGAGGAGAUGCGAAAGAAGAGGUUGCAUGACCGUCUUGCACGUGAUGGUAUCAAGACUCACAAAGAACGCGUGGAAGAGCUCAAUCAGUAUCUCAGUCGACUAAGCGAGCACCAUGAUAUGCCUAAGAUUGGACCGGGUUAA